AGCGGCCGCCGCCUCUGCCGGAGGAGCCGCGGGGCCGCCACACUCGCCCCCCGCCCCCCCGCGCUCACUCGCACUCACACCCGGGCGCAGGAGGCGGGCGGCCCGGGCCCCACCGGCCCCCCAUGGACGCCCCCCGCACGGGGCGCUGAGACCCCGCGUAGCUGCCCAGCCCGGUCCAGCGCACCACGCCGAGGGACCUCUGGACGGGACAAGACUCUGAAGCUGUUCCUCCAGCCCAGGACUCCCGCAGCGUUCCCCCCAGCGCUACCACCUGCCACUCUCUGGCCUGUCUCACCGCCCACCCCCCUGGGGCGCAGGGCAUGGUGUGAAAGGCCAAGUGCUGAGGCAGGCACCAUGGGUGCUGUGCCCUAGGCCUGGGUGGCGGGGGGUGGGCGGCCUGUGGGUGUGCCGGGGGGGCCAGUGUGCCCACCCCAGUCUCUUGGCGUGCUGGAGGGCAUCCUGGAUGGAAUUGAAGUGAAUGGAACAGAAGCCAAGCAAGGUGGAGUGUGGGUCAGACCCAGAGGAGAACAGUGCCAGGUCACCAGAUGGAAAGCGAAAAAGAAAGAACGGCCAAUGUUCCCUGAAAACCAGUAUGUCAGGGUAUAUCCCUAGUUACCUGGACAAAGACGAGCAGUGUGUCGUGUGUGGGGACAAGGCAACCGGUUAUCACUACCGCUGCAUCACUUGUGAGGGCUGCAAGGGCUUCUUUCGCCGCACAAUUCAGAAGAACCUGCAUCCCACCUACUCCUGCAAAUAUGACAGCUGCUGUGUCAUCGAUAAGAUCACCCGCAACCAGUGCCAGUUGUGCCGCUUUAAGAAGUGCAUCUCCGUGGGCAUGGCCAUGGACUUGGUUCUAGAUGACUCAAAGCGGGUGGCCAAGCGCAAGCUGAUUGAGCAGAACCGGGAGCGGCGGAGGAAGGAGGAGAUGAUUCGUUCACUGCAGCAGCGACCAGAGCCCACUCCCGAAGAGUGGGAUCUGAUCCAUGUCGCCACGGAGGCCCAUCGCAGCACAAAUGCCCAGGGCAGCCAUUGGAAGCAGAGGCGGAAAUUCCUGCCGGAUGACAUUGGCCAGUCACCAAUCGUCUCCAUGCCGGACGGAGACAAGGUGGACCUAGAGGCCUUCAGCGAGUUUACCAAGAUCAUCACCCCGGCCAUCACUCGUGUGGUGGACUUUGCCAAAAAACUGCCCAUGUUCUCCGAGCUGCCUUGUGAAGACCAGAUCAUCCUCCUGAAGGGGUGCUGCAUGGAGAUCAUGUCCCUGCGGGCUGCCGUCCGCUAUGACCCUGAGAGCGACACCCUGACGCUGAGCGGGGAGAUGGCCGUCAAGCGGGAGCAGCUCAAGAAUGGCGGCCUGGGCGUAGUCUCCGACGCCAUCUUUGAAUUGGGCAAGUCACUCUCUGCCUUUAACCUGGAUGACACAGAAGUGGCUCUACUGCAGGCUGUGCUGCUAAUGUCAACAGACCGCUCGGGCCUGCUGUGUGUGGACAAGAUCGAGAAGAGUCAGGAGGCGUACCUGCUGGCGUUUGAGCACUACGUCAACCACCGCAAACACAACAUUCCGCACUUCUGGCCCAAGCUGCUGAUGAAGGUGACUGACCUCCGCAUGAUCGGGGCCUGCCACGCCAGCCGCUUCCUCCACAUGAAAGUCGAGUGCCCCACCGAACUCUUCCCCCCACUCUUCCUCGAGGUCUUUGAGGAUCAGGAAGUCUAAAGCCUCAGGCGGCCAGAGGGUGUGCGGAGCUGGUGGGGAGGAGCCUGGAGAGAAGGGGCAGAGCUGGGGGCUGAGGGAGACCCCCACACCUCUUCUCUCCUUCCUCUCAUCCUCGGAUAGAUUCAGCUCCCACACACGCCCGCACUAUCCCGUCCCUCCUCAGAACCUCCAGCCCUGGGGCAGGGCAAACAAAUGAACUUGCUAUGAAAAGGACAGUGUGGGAGGCUGGGAGGGACCGUGUCCUGCAGUUCCCAGGACCCCGUCCUCUAAGAAGGUAGGGGAAAGGAGGGAGAACUCAGAGGGGACAAGCCAUCCCGACUGUAGGGGACAGGAGCAUGGGGUGGGGGGAAAUGCCCUCACCUCACCCCUACACACACGAGAGCGUCCCCUGUCUAGUUCCUUGGCCUAGAUUCCCCCUUCAGGCUACGGGCUAAGGGCCUCUCUGCUUCCCCAGAUGCCUGGGUGCAAAGAAGGGCGUGGCUUGGCUCCUACCGGAGGUUAAAAAUUAUAGUCAUUCUAACUGCACUUUGAAAACCAGGCAAGGGGAGAAGAUAAAUGAAGAAAAACUAGACAGAGAGAAAAAGAAAAAAGAGAGAGCGAGCGAUUGAUAGAGAGAGAGAGAUAAUAUUAAGUUAUUAACUGAGGCUGGCCAGAGGGGAGGACCCCCCUACCACCCCCAUGCACUUUGAGAGCUGCCCCCCCACCCCCAAUCAGAGAGAACUGCCCCCCCCACCUCUGUACAAGGUCCCUAAGGGUAGGGCUGCCGAUCAGAGCUGUGAGUUAACACAACAGGGUCCUGGCCACCCCCCCUUGCCUUGCCCCUCCCUCUGUGCCCCUUUGGCACCCCCACCCAGUGCUCCCUCUGCUCUCUGCCACUCGUGCCCGCUGAGUUCCAUCUACCUCUCACGCUGGAUGCCAGCUGGCCCCUCACCAGCCUGCCCUGCUGCCUGCACAGCUCCCCUUUCAAGUGCCCAGCCCCAGGGGCCUCUCCCUGUCCCCACACCACCCCCCACUCCUUCCACACCUUGGCACCCACACAGGAAAAACUGUGGCUCAAGCUCCCGCCCUCCUCACAUCCUGCAGUAUUAGCUACAACCCAGAUGCUGCUGCACCAGGGGCGGGGGGCGGGGGUGCUGGAGCUCCUCCCGGAGCCUCCCCGCUCCUAGGACUCUGUCUCCCACAUGUCUUCUGGGCUCUCUAACCCCUGCCCUCCUCCUCUCCUACGCCCACUUCAACGCACUAACCCAGACUCUGGGCGGGCGGGCAGGCACCGAGGAAUGGGGCGCUUAGACUCAUAGCACUUAGUUGGGGCUCUGGGGCAGGGGGCGGUUGGUGCUCCUUCUUUUGUUUCUUUGAAGCUCUUUAGGCUAGCCGCCCCUCUGGCCCCGGGACCCCUUUCCCCUCUUCUUUUCUCUAAUUCAGGGACUUUGGCUUGAGCCACCUCCCACCUUCCUGGUGAGGAAUGGUCUGUUGGUCUGCAUUUGGGUGGCUGCCUUCCUCCUCCUCCCUUUGGCUCUCGCCCACUCUGCAUGGGAGAGGGGGACAGAAGAGGUGGCUCUCCCAUGGGUGGGGGAAGGGGAGGGUGGGGAGGGACAGAGCAGACCAGAGGGCCCUGGGCUCAGGGCUGUAUGUCGGCAGGGAUGGAUGGGUGGACAUAGAUGCCCCCGGAAGCCAUGGGGAAUGGGGCGGGGGGAGGGGUGCCAGGGCUUCCUGCGCUUUGCACUAUUGGGGCAAACAUGUCUUAAGCAGUGGGGAAACCUGCCAUCCCACCCGGACCCUCAGCCUGCCACGUCCCCCGACACACACGCAGGCCACGCUGUGCUGCCCGUCAGGGCCCAUCCUUUCCCUGCCGUGCAGGUGUUCCCACGGAGGGGAGGGCCUGGAAGAGCACCCACUGUCACCUGUGCGUGUGCCCGCCCCACCCCCUUGGGCAGGUGGCCGCACACGCUGUCUUUGUCUCUCCCUCUCUCUCUCUCUCUCCUGGGGCUCUGAUUCCUGUAUUCCUCCUGUCCUACGGGCAAGCCCUCUUGGACCCUCUUGCUACCCCUGGGGGCCCAGUGGAAUUCCUGACCUGUCUUUUGUCUCCUCCAUCCUUCCAGCCCCACCUCUACCCCUCAACCCCCAUUCUCAGCCAUGAACAUGGUGGAGAAAAGGCCUUGAAGAGGCUUGGCCUCUUACAGGCACUUGGAAUCCCCAUACCCCUCCCCAAUCAUAUGAGCUGUGAUUCCCUACUCCUCCCCCGACCUCCCCCUCACUCGCAGUGAUGUGGGGUGUAUGUGUGCAUUUCUCUGCGUGAAUGUGUGAGCGAGUACACGUGGUGGGGGAGGAGCUGGGGGGGACUCAGGAAUGCCAUGAACCUGCUCUAGAGAGGCAGCUGUCCCAGUCCCUGCUUUGGAAGUCAGGGACAGGGCCCUCUCCUGGGGGCCAUUGGUGCUAAUGAGGGGGAUGCCCUUGACGUGGGUGCUUAGCAUGUCUCCCCCAGUAUUGGCCCGGGGCACUAGGGCAGGCAGGGUGGGGCAGCAGGUGCAGUAUUGGUGGGAGGAGGGGCUGCUGAGAAUAGGACGAGGGGUCCAGGCCAGGACAAGGGGGUGCCAGAGCCAUGACCACUACCCCGCCCCCACCACCCACCUCUCCAUCUCAGUAUUCCCCGUCCUAUCACUCAUAACACACAUACCUCAUCCAGCCUCCUCCCUGCUUAGACUUGGGGAGGGUGGGGGUGGAGGAGCCCCUACCCCUUCUCCUAGUUGCGGGUCUACAGGGCUGGGAGAGGGCAGGGCAUGUGACACAGACACCGUCCAUGAGGGGGACAGUAAUUCCUGCCCUGGGAACUCCUGGGUGGGGGAGGGGGACACUUCCCUGGAGGCGCUACUGAAUGUAUGAGAAGCUGGUGCUGGGGUGGGGGGAGGGGGGUUGUGGCCAGAAACAGGGAAGGAGGUAGGUCCCUUCCCCGGGGGCGGGGCCGGCAGGAGUGACUUGGGGGGCUCCUACUCCCGCCCCACGUUGACAAUCAGUAUGUCUGUUAUGUGCGAUUUUUCAUCCCGUUGUGUUUUGGGUCAGGAUUUUAAAGAAAGAUAUUUUUAUGGUAAUUGUUGCUCGUCUAUUUUACUAUAUAUUUAUGUAAUAAAUAUAUGAUGAAAAUAACCCCCUUGGCCACCCCCCUUA